CUGCGCUCUGACUUCGUCUCCACUUGCGCGCAAGAGAUCAGUCCCUCUCUCUCUCUCACUCUCUGCUGCGCGCAGGAGCUUAUUUCCUUCUCACCUUCAGCCGAGCCGAGAGGAUGAGAAGAUCCGGGUCUGGGCUUCCUCCUCGGCAGUUCCUCCUCCAUGCAUCCACCUCCGUGUGACACGAGCUCGUUAUUAUUGUUCGGAUGUUUCCCCUCCGAGUGGCUUUUGGGAGAGAAUGCGUCUGCUCGUUUUUGCGACUUUAUUCGGAGUCCUUGUCGACGCAGGAGAUGCCCUUCAGAUCCAGUGCUACCAGUGCGAGGAGAUGAAGCACAAUGACUGCUCCACGCCGGAGUACAUCGUCAACUGCACGGUCAACGUACAGGACAUGUGUCAGAAGGAGGUGCUGGUCAAACCCGACGGGAUACAUUAUAGGAAGUCCUGUGCCUCCUCUGGCGCCUGCCUCAUCGCCUCCUCUGGGUACCAGCAGUUCUGCACGGGCCGGGUGAACUCGGUCUGCAUCUCCUGCUGCAACACGCCGCUGUGCAACGGGCCCAGGAGGAAGCGUCCCCCACAGUCUGCAGCGACGACGUCCACGCCACACACACACCGGUUGCUUCUUAUCUUCCUGCCGCUGCUCACACUCCUCCCUGUGACGUAGAGCGAGGACACCGUCACCUCUCUGCUGUGUGGUUCACGGCGGAGCGCGGACACCACCAUCACGCCUGUGGAGCUCUCUGGAUGCCGUGCUGGCUUUUACCUCCUCCAGAGUCAUGAAGAACUGUUAUUGUGCAAUCGAUUCAGCGCCGUGACUCCGGGAGAGUGACAGAGGAGAGGGAAGCUUUUGAGUCGUUUUCUUGAAGGACCAUCCAGUCUGAGGCGUCUCUGCAUUUCUUUGCUUUUUCGUGAAGUGGAGCGUUUUGUGAGGAGCCUGCUCUGAAGUUAUUUUCUGGUUAUUACACGCUGUAAAAGGUGCCGGUAUCAGUCAAUGUGGAAAUGAUAUUUCAGAGUUUAAUUUGUCGGCUUGAUUUGAUCGUUUUUUCCUCUUGUGGUUAAUGUUGCUCAGAGUAUGCACAUUUUGUAUUCCUUAGAGCAGAGCUGACAUGAACACAGAAACUCACUCUGGCACUUUGGAUGAGCUUACAGCUGCACAUGAAAGGUUCUUCUUUUACCACAGCGUCAACAGGAUGUGUUUGUUAUGAGCGAUUGUGAGAGUCUGAAUCACUGAGAGCUGAAUGUAUACAUUAAGCAGACAUUACUGAGCCACGCACUCCUGCAGAAGAGUGGAAACACAGUGUGAUACAUUAUUUUAAACACACACAGUGCAGUUUAUAAUAUCCUAUAAGCACAAACACAUGCUCCAAGAUAUCAGCCACAUGUCCCUGUAAGAAGACAUCUCUUUAAUUGAAUGUGCCCAAACCUUAGCAUGCAUGCCGACUACGCUGCAGACCAAAUAUUAUAUUUUCUAAUCUGCACUAAUAAAGAAAAUUUAACCCUCUUCUGAAUCAUAUACCAAAAACCAUUAACUUCAUGCUGACAUGUUGUUGCACUUUUAAAUCUGUGCAGGAUUAAAGGCAAAGUGUGUGAGCAUAAAUGCAGACAUGAUCUGUGUUUUGAUGACACACAACAAGGAGGUGUUUUAAUGUACAAAUGAAUGUCGUGCAUUACUUCAUACUCAUCCUGGAGCGUCACGUGACUGAUCCGGGGACUGAUUCCAGACAGAGACGGACCGUUCGAUCAGUGUUCAUGGCAGUUUUUUUGACCAGUCUUCUGUGAAGAGUGCUGCUGUGUUCUGCUCAUAUGUGAUGUAAAUAAAUGUUGCAGGAAAACGGA